AUGAAUUUUGACCCAGAGCAUUUAGAAAAUUAUGAUCAAACCUCUAUUAUGCGAGGAACAGUCUGUUAAUUGAUCGCGUUUACAAAUACUGAAACAAAAUAAAAAUUUUAUAUAGUGCAAGGGAAAAUCAAUUAAAAUAUUCAUUUUAACUAAAACUUAUUUGAUGUGAUAAAAAAGAAUGAAUGCUUUAACAUAAUUUCAAUAACAAACAAGAUUUAAAGGAAUGAGGACAUUUUAAUUUAAAUAGAACAAUGCGAUUUCACUUUAUAUUAAUAUAUGCUCAAUAGAAAAUCGCAUCCAUUUUCUUCAGAAGAAAUAUAUGAUAUUUUGAGUUAGAUAAUUAACGCAUAUAUUCAUAUAGCAAAAUAUACAAAUCAGUCUUUGGAACUAUCCCCUUCAAACAUUUUAAUUAGGAAAUUAAAAAACCAAAAAAUCUUAAUCAAGAUAUUUAUUAAUUUCUUCAACAGCGAAUAGAAGUCAGCAUAUAAUUUUUCGCAUUACAAGGCUCCAGAAGAAUUAAAUAAUUCUUUAGACAUUAACUUAUAAACCGAUAUAUUUUUACUUGGAAUUAUAUUAUUUUAAUUAUGCUACAAGGUUAAACCUACAGAAGGAAUUAACAAUGUAUAAGAUCUUAAGAAAUUUUAAGAGGAUUUAAUUAGAAAUAGAUUUAUGGAUCGCCUAGAAAACUAAGACGGAGUAGAUUAAUUUUUAAAGAAUCUAAUAGGAAAGAUGUUAGAAUAUUAUUAGAAUGAUCGAAUCACUUGGAAACAAUUAUCUAUGCUCAAUUAAUUGCAUCCAAACUUCCAUUUAUUAAAGAAUAAAUACUAUAUAAAUCUUAAUUAAUCUCUUGGUAGAGGUUCUUAGGGAGUGACAUACUUUGUUGAAAAUUUGGAGACUAACCAGAACUUGUGUGCUAAAAUAAUUGACAUCACUCAAGUAGAAGGUUAAAGAGAAUAAGAGAUCUAUGAGAAAUUAAUAAAAUAACACAAAAAGAAUAAAAAUGUUAUAGAGAUUUUGGAUAUCAUUCUGUCAUAAGAUGAACAAUCAACAUUUUUAAUUAUGGAGAUAUGUGAAUCCAAUAUUGAAGAAUAUUUCAAAAAAAAAAAUAGAAAACUUAGAGAUGAAGAAAUUAUGGAUAUGCUUAAGCAAAUUGUCAAUGGUUAUUGUUAUUUGAAAGAUUUAGAUAUAAUACACAGAGAUUUGAAGCCUUAGAAUAUUCUUGUCAAACAUGAGAAAGAAAUUCCAAUCUAUAAAAUCAUAGAUUUUGGGGUAGGGAAAAUCAUAGCUGAUUAAAAUUUAGCAGUCACUGUGGCAGGAACACCAAUAUUUUCUGCUCCAGAAGUUAUUGAUGGAAAACAAUAUGAUUACUAAUGCGACAUCUUUUCAGUAUUAAUUUAAUUUAUUUUAGCUCGGAACCAUUUUGUAUUAUUUAAUUUAUGA